UAUGAUUACUCAUAAUGAGAGAUUUAAUAAAGAAUUCAAUCAAAAGAGAGUUGCUAAUAGUUUUGAUGUUAUUUUAGGACCGACUAGGCCUGGACUUGACCUCUUUCAACAAUCUAUUCUCAUUGAUAUAUGUAAAUUUCAAAAAGUCCUCUAUAGUGGAACUAAAUUUGCAGAAACAAAAGACGAAAUUCAAAGCUUACUAUUGAAAAAAUGCGGCGCUAGAAGCUUAGGAGCAUACGUUGCAGCAUACGCAGGAAGAGCCCACUGCUUGCAAUUGACAAAAGAGGAUGUUUAUCAUGCUAAACACUUAAUUACCGAAUGCGGACCGAGGGAAAGAGAAAUAAGAGAAAUGUUGGAAAAGCAAAAGUAUGUUAAAUCAAAAGUGGGUGUGGUUACGAGGAAAAAACGGGAACAGAGUUAUAGAAAAUCAUUCGACCAAUGCGUUGAAGCUUAUGAAAGAGGCUUAUUAAAGUUUAUAAUUGCUUUUCUUGUACCUGUUAGCUACUCUAACGGAAGUGAUAAAAUUCUUAAGUUCACAAGGAUUUUCGGCAACGAAAUAUUGUCACGCAAUAUUAAAAACUUCUACAAGUACUUACUAAAACCUGGAAAAAUGAAAUAUAAUAACAUCAAGGUUGUGGGUUUAAAGCUAUGUAGGAGAUGUAAGCAUAUCCUCUUUCCGGAUAUUCUCCUUGGGGAUUUCUUCUAUUUAGCACUAGGUUUGGGUAGCGUUAUGAUUAUCCUUAUGCUUUAUACAGGAUCGGUAUUUUUAAUGAUUGCUACUUUAUUGGAAGUAUGCUUCUCAUUUAUAUUCAGUUACUUUGUCUAUCAUUUGGUUCUAGGAUUAAAUUUUUUUCCAUCUAUGAACGUCGUCGCUCUCCUCAUCCUAGUUGCUAUUGGAACAGACGACGUUUUCAUCUUUUUCGAUACAUUUCAACAAGAAACUUACCAAUUUCAACUGAAAAACAUAGACGAAAAAGACGAUUUAAUUGACGUAUUGGAAAAAACUCUUGAACACGUUAUAACGUCCAUUUCGGUGACGUCACUGACAACUUCAACAGCUUUUUUUGCGGGUACUAUUACUAGUAUAACAGCCCUUAAAUGCUUUUCGAUAUUUAGUGUUGGUACUUCCGGUAUUAUUGUUGUACUUAUAACUCCGAAGUUUAAAUUACCGAGUCAAGAUAGUUUUCCAGUCUAUAGGAAUGACGUUCCGUUAGAAGCUUAUGAACAAAUUUAUCAUGGUUUGUUUAGAGAUUAUCAAGAGAUGCAGAAAAUUAGAAACGAUAGGGGCCUGCCUCUCCAUUUCGUUUUCGGAUCGAAGUUAGAGGAUAGAGGUAGUAGAUGGGAUCCCGAAGAUGUUCGAGUUUUAAAUCCAUCUUUUAAAAUCAACUUUCAAGAUUAUAAUACUUUAAACUAUUUUAAGAUUAUCGGUAAAAGGGCAUUAAGUAAAGAUUGGACAAGAGAACAUACUUCUACAUUGAAAAUAGUGUUCUUUAUUGAUUUCUUUGAAGAGGUACUGAAGGAAAAUUGUAAUAUAAAUUCACCUCAAGGAUGUUGCGGCAUUCCUAUCAUAAGGAGACUAUUUCCAGUUAAAUUAAUAAGCACAUGCUUUUAUUACGUUGCAGAAAGAGCUGAAAAAGAGUUAAAAACCCUUCAACAGUUAAAUAUUGACCAAAGUAAUAGCUCCGCAAAUCAAAGGUAUUUACUGGACUAUCCCAUAUUUAACAAGAAAACUGGAAGAUUAAGUUUUUUUCUUAUAACCCUAUUAACAAAACAAGGUUUUACCUCAAAAUACGAACCUAUGAACGAAUUGAAGAACGAUCUAGACGAUUUUUGGCAAAGUAUAAAGAAUGAUGAAAAGAUUAUCACUCCUAAAGGUACGGAGCAUGGUUUCUAUUCAACUUAUCUUUUAAUGUAUGAAAUACAAAACUUACUAUCGUCGAAUACUUACGAAUCGAUGGGAAUUUCCUUAAUCAUCUCCUUUCUUGUCAUGUUGGCUACUACUCUAAAUAUAUUAAUUACUGUAUUUGCCAUUAUCUCGAUAGCUUUUGCCAUCUUUACAACAACUGGUAUACUCGUUCUUUGCGGUUGGCAGUUGAAUAUAAUAGAAAGCGUUACAAUUUCACUAGCUGUUGGAAUGAGCAUUGACUUUGCUAUACACUACGGCGUGGCGUAUAAGCUGUCUAAAUUAGAGUUAAGGGAGGAUAGGAUGAGAGAAUCUCUAAAAAGGGUUGGUAGUUCAGUUACAAUAGCAUCCCUAACAACAAUUUUAACGGGGUUAUGCGCUAUAACAUCGUCUGUAGAUGUCUUUCAGAAGCUCGGUACAUUCCUUGUAACAGUAAUGAUUGUUAGUUGGAUAUUUGCUACAUUUUUCUUUCUCUCUCUUUGUGCUUUAGCUGGUCCAGAAGGAGCAUGUGGUCAGUUGAGUAAUCCUUUAAAGCUUAUAUCAUUACGACUGAAUAAAGAGAAGGAAGAAGAAGAAGAAGAAGAAGAAGAAGAGGAAAAAGAAGAAGAAGAAGAGGAAGAGGAAGAAAAAGAACUAGAAGAAGAAGAUGAUGAUGAUAUAGAAAGAAGUAAAUAA